CUCAGCAUGUUUCCCCUGCAGUGUCUCGUUCUGCUCUUCAUCUCCCCCCGGGAACAACCAGUGGGGACGAGGGGGGAGGAGGAGGAGGAGGAGGAGGGGAGACAGGGAGUCAGAGAGACAGACAGGAAGUGGGAUCUGAGGAGGGGCGACUUGCUGGAGGUUCCUCGGACUCUGUUCACUCACUUUGGGAUUUACCUGGGGGAGGGCAGAGUGUCCCACUUCAUCCCGGACGGCCUCCCCCUGGUCUGCAGGGAUCAGAGGAGGAUCAGACGGAUGGUGACCAACAGCCGGCUGCUGCUGGGGGUUCUGACCAAGCGUGGCAGCGUGAGGACGGACUCUGUGGAGGACUUUGCAUAUGGAGCUCAGAUCCGCGUCAACACUCUGGACACGGUAGUCGGUCGGGGCCCCCUGCAGGCGGAGCAGGUGGCCCUCCGUGCUGAGCGUCUCCACGGUAACGGGUCCUACAGCCUGCUGUGGUUUAACUGCGAGCAUUACGUCAUGUUCUGUCGGUACGGAGCCAGCAGCAGCCUGCAGACCUUCCAGUUUUGUAAGACCGUGAGGAAGCUGGUGUUGAGUCGUCGUGUUGCCAUGGUGAUGCCGGUGGUGUGUGUGUGUGUGAUGUCCCUGCUGGGGUGUGUGACCCCGGCCUCCGUCCUGAUGUCCGUCCUGCUCCCCUUCAUCAUCUGGAUGGCUGCUUAAAUGGUCAACAUCUGGAGGGGUCUGCAGUCUAUGGACACUUUACAUGGAUCUGGUGGACUACAAUUAUGAACUACAUUUCCC